AUGUUAAACAAGAUUCACAAAGCUCAUCAAGGUGCAGACAGCAGUAUAAGGAGAGCCCGAGAAACACUAUUCUGGCCAGGUAUGUCAGCGGCAAUACGCCAAACCUGCUUGUCAUGUGGUCUGCAUGCACAGUAUAAAUCAGAACGACCAACCGAACUGAUGAAAUCUCAGGAGAUUCCCACACUUCCAUGGGAACGAAUAAGUGUUGAUCUAUUUCAAUUGGAUGGUAAAACGUACUUGGUAACUGUUGAUCAUUACAGUGAUUUCAUAGAAAUUGAUUGGCUAAAGAAUACGUCAGCAACGGCAGUCAUCAAUGCUAUGAAAAAGAACUUUGCCAGAGAAGGAAUUCCUCGUGCAUGCGUCAGUGACAAUGGUCCACAGUUCAGUAGUCAUGAGUACAGCCAAUUUGCCAGUGAAUAUGGAUUCAAACCAGUUAAGUCGUCGCCUUAUCAUAGCAAAGGCAACGGAAACGCAGAAUCUGCGGUAAAGGUGGCGAAAAAUAUUCUAAAGAAAGCGCGGCAUGAAGAUCCCUACUUGGCAUUGAUGGCAUACAGGAACACUCCACAACAGGGCCACACGUUUUCACCUGCUCAGAGGCUUAUGAAUCGGAAACUACGAGAUAUCACUGUGUCAGUACCUCAACAACUUAAACCACAUCCUGUUUCCAGCACUGAAGUUGUGAAUGAUAUAAUGUCGCAUAGAGUACGGUCCAAACAACAGUAUGAUAUGGAGAAGUCGUAA